AAAAAUGUGUUGUGUGUAGUCUGCACUGUCUCGAAAAAAAAUAAAUAAAUGUUUGUUUUAUUGUUUAAAUGUAUCUGUAAUUGCUGAUUAAUGAUUAUACUUUACUUUAAAUAAAUAAAUUUAACAUAACAUAAGUAAAGAUGGCUUUGCAUCAUUAUUUACGAAUUUUCCUUAAUUUAUAUUUAUAUACUACAUUAUUUACUAUUGUUAGUUGCCUUUACGAAGAUCAAGUCGGCAAAUUUGAUUGGAAACAGCAGUACAUUGGGAAAGUAAAAUUCACUUAUAUAGAUCCAACAGUAGGUGGAUUACAAAAAUUUGUCGUGGCUACCGAAGAAAAUGUACUGGCUUGCCUUAGCACACGAAGUGGAAGUAUAGUUUGGAGGCAAAUACUAGAAAAUGAAAAGAACGGAGAAAUUAAUGCCAUGUCUCACGAUGGGGAUUUGAUUACGGUGAAUGGCGGAGGACAAUUUAUUCGUAGUUGGGAUCCUAAUACAGGUGUACUGCAGUGGGAGACACCUUUUCCUCAUAUUCAAAAGAAAACUGGAAUAAAUUUUUUUGAAAUAAGCCCUUCCUCUAGGGAAGUCAUUUUAGUUGAAAUGAUUACUAAGCAACAAGCCCAAGUAUCUGUGUAUGGUUUUACUCGAGCAUCUCUGAAGACGUCUGAUGUUAUACCUGCACCUUGGUUUGAUAAAAAUACUCAAUGCAAAUUUAUUUCUAGCAGUUAUUUUGCAUGUUUGGAUAGCAAAAAAGAAAACAUUUAUCUUAUAUCUAUAAAGGAUAGCGGUUCAUUUAUUCCUGUGUCAUUAAAAAGUCUUGGAAUUGAGGUAUCUGAAAAUAUUCAAAAUAUAAACAUCAUUACUUUGCCUUAUCAAGGAACAACAGAAAAGCCUGUUUUUGCACUACAGUUGGAUGGCAGUGGUAUUCUAUUAAAAAUAGAACCUCCUGGUUUAAAAUUAGUUAAACUUUUACCCAACUUGAAUAAGUUAACUUCGACUCUGAUUGAUGAUAGAUUGACAUUAUUUUCAAUUAACUUAGUGGAGUCAACAUUCAAAAUCAAAGCUGCAGAUAUUGAUGUCAAAAGCUAUAUCCAAGAAUUGGAAGGUGAAUACAGUUUGACGGAAGACCGUGGUAAAUUAGAAUCAAUUUUCAUACUUCCUUACACAAAAAGAGAUGCCAAAAAAGAUUAUCAUAUUAGCUAUAAAAUGUUACUUCUGUUUGAAGAUUAUUCGAUAUUAAUGGUACAUCGACAAGGCAGAAUUAAUUGGUCUAGAGAAGAAGCGUUAUCUUGUAUUGUUUCAUCUGAAAUAAUGGAUCUACCUUUGUCAGAUAUGGAUGCAAGCAUAGAACAGGAAUUUAGUCAACCAGAUGCUGGUUUGAUUUCAAUGCUCUUAACCCGUUUAAAAUCUCAAGUGUACUUGUUUCAAACUGCUCUUUUACAAGCUGUUAUGGGAUUUAAAGGAGAUGGUAUCAGCAUGGGGGGAGACAAGAAGACUUUAACUCGAGAUACUUUUGGUCUUCAUAAAAUUAUUGUUGUUCUCACAAAACCUGGUAAAACUUUUGGGAUCGAUAAUCUAUCAGGUUUAAUUAUAUGGAGCCAUUAUGAAAAAGAAUUAUCUCCAUUUUAUAUAGGUGAUUCUCAAAAGCCUUAUUUUUCGUUGUUUGUUCAAAGAACAACUGCUCAUUUUCCGUAUCCUCCUGUUUGUACUACAGUUGGACAACAUUUAAACUCUAAAAAAUCGAGAGUGUAUUCGUUUAAUCCAAUUACUGGUAAAACAUUAGAAAGUAGAAUCCUUACCUUUCAGGUUAAACAAAUAAUGCCUAUGGGCAGUCUUGAUCAUUAUUUGAGACCAAUUUUACUUCUGGAUUCUAAUAAUAAAGUGCACAUCUAUCCAGAAGUAAAAGAAAUAUUUUCUCACACCAAGUCUCAUUACUUUUUCACGGCUGACCAGUCUUCUGGCACUUUAACUGGAUAUUCUAUAGUUGAAAAGAAUAAUGAUCUGGCUGCCAUUGAAAUGUGGAAAGUAAAGCUACCAAAUAAAAUAGUCACUGUGGUUACCAAAAAUCCUCAAGAACAUGUACAUUCUCAAGGACGAGUUAUGGGAGAUCGCAGUGUCCUGUAUAAAUACUUGAAUCCAAAUCUUGCUGCUGUAUUUACUGUUGGAAUGGAUUCGAUGCAAAAAACAUUUUGCAAUCUGUACUUAGUGGAUGUUAUAACAGGUUUAGUUGUUUAUACAGCUUCUCACAAAAGAUGCAGGCCACCGAUUCACGUGGUUCAUUCUGAAAACUGGGUGGUCUAUAGUUUUUACAAUGAGAAAUCUAGAAGAAUGGAGAUUUCAUCGCUUGAACUAUUCGAAGGAAUGUAUCAAAGUAAUACCACUGCCUUUUCAUCUUUUGCCCCUCCUCCAUUACCACUGAUUGAGCACCAAACCUUCAUUUUUCCCAAUCUAGUUAUUUCUAUGGCUGACACUAUCACAGAGCGUGGAAUGACGAGCAAGCACAUAUUGAUUGUUUUACCUUCCGGUGGAAUUUUAGAAUUACCUAAAACAUUCUUGGACCCUCGUCGACCGAUACAUCCACUUCCUGAACAUCGUGAAGAAGGCCUUAUUCCCUACAUUCCAGAAUUACCAGUAAUGGCUGAAGGUAUCAUUAAUUACAACCAAAGUGUUAUGCAAGUCAAGGGUAUAACAACUGCCCCAUCAGGUUUAGAGUCAACAUGUUUGGUAUUUGUUUAUGGAUUGGAUUUGUUCUAUACAAGAGUAACUCCGUCAAAAACUUUUGACAUUCUUAAAGAUGAUUUUGAUCAUUAUUUAAUUAGUGUUGUACUUUUAGGACUUCUUAUUUUGUCUUAUACUACUAAACGUUUGGCAGCUCGGAAGACUCUUAGAGCAGCAUGGAAAUAACUCGCUAAAUUUUUAGUGUUAAUAUAAUUUUUGCCUUAAUUGAAUGUAUUGAAGGUGGGCGAUAGUCAUCCUUGCCUGUUCAAUGAUUAGAAUUAAAUAAUUUAUAUUAUUGUUAA